UUAAAUGGGAAUACCCUCUGUGUGCUGCUGUGGGAGUUUCCUUUAAAAAAAUCUUGUCGUGUCACAGGGAUGCAGCCGCCGGAGCCGGGCUCCAAGUCUACCAUCCGCGGGUACAUGACCACCGCCGAGAGGGACCACUCACUGUUUCCUCCACACGCCAAAGAUGACGGCUCCACCAAACCUAACCCAUGCAGCACCACAGCAUCAGCGUUUUUUGGUGUUGUUCGACUUUGAUGAAACCAUCAUCAAUGAGAACAGUGAUGAUGCUGUGGUGCGUGCUCUACCAGGCCAACAGCUACCUGAGUGGCUUAGAAACAGCUACAGGGAGGGCCACUACAACGAGUACAUGCAGAAGGUCUUGGUUUAUAUGGCGGAGCAGGGCGUGUCUGAGGACUCCAUCCAUUCAGCGUUGGAGAAGAUCCCACCCACACCCGGCCUCCUGUACCUCUUUCAGUAUCUGCAGAGCCACGAGCAGGACUUUGAGCUGGCGGUGGUCUCCGACGCCAACAUGUACUUCAUCGAGACGUGGCUGGAGCGUGCUGGGGUGCGUCACCUUUUCCGGAAGAUUUUCACAAACCCAGCAAAUUUUGAUGUGACUGGCCGCCUUGUGCUGCUCCCUUUCCACUCCCACUCGUGCUGCCGUUGUCCUGACAACCUAUGCAAGCAGGUGAUCCUUCGGGAGUAUCUGGCGGGCCGACAAAAGGAACGUGGUGGUGCUCCCUUUCAGAGGGUAUUCUAUAUCGGAGAUGGGGCCAAUGAUAUCUGUCCCUCUCUGGCUCUGGGGCCCCGGGACACAGCCUUCCCCAGGAGAGACUUUCCCAUGCACAGGCUGCUGCUGGAGAUGCAGCAGUCCCAGGCAGCCAUGUUCAAGGCAAACAUAGUUCCUUGGGUCAGUGGCGAAGACAUAGUGGGCUGCCUGAAGAAAAUUAUGGAGGAGAGAUAAAAGAUGUGUGCGUGUGUGUUUGUUUGUGUGUUUGUGUGUUUGUGAGUGUGUGUGUGUGUGUGUGUGUGUGUGUGUGUGUGUGUGUGUGUGUGUGUGUGUGUGUGUGAGAAUAAGGGAAAGAGAGAAUGAAAAAGGGGGCAAAUAUAGCAAAAGGGCACCAACUCCAGUCCACGAUAUGCGUGAUUCUACUCCAGCCACACUUGGUACCUGUAAAGAUGUAGCCAAAUAGUACACAUCUAUUCAAAUCACCGUCUUGGCCAGGAGAAGUUGCUAGGCAACCAGUUGAGACUCAAUAAGUCACUGCAACUGGCCAAAAGAAAGUCCACCACAUAACCCCUAAUAAAAUAGUUUAUUGUAAUGUUUACACUAUUUCAUAUGGAUUAAACCAAUGACAGAUAACAUGGUAAUAUGAGUGAGGUGGAUAGGCGCAGAUGGCAGACUUUUAUGUUUGGAUAGAGCCGGGCUUUGCUGAUUCUCUUUGUUCUUCGUGCUAAGAUAUCCAGCAGCAUAUUUACUUUACUGUACAAACAUCUAACUCUCCACAAAAAGGAGUAAGCACAUUUCCACAAAUGUCGAAAUGUUCCUUUAGUGCUAGCCUGGUAUAAAAGCCUAUUGCCAUCUUAAUUAAUACUGUAGGUUUAUGGACACAUGUGCAGGAUCAAGUGUUGUACAGUAGCAUUACCUGGGACAAAAGACCACACAUGUUGUGUCAGGCAGGGACAAGGACAACAGGGAUAAGGUAACAAAGACUCUUGCACAGUAACUGUGCUCUCCCCACCACUCAUUACUGAUACCUAAUCUAGGGCUUGAUUAUACAACGGUAAUCUAAACCAGCAUGAGAUCCGAAUGGAACGUUGGAACCAUACGCCUGCACUUUGGCCCAACAUUACAUACUGUUUCUGAAACAAUGAAAAAAAAAGGUGGGAUGCAAAGUACCAAUUGUAUUGUAUAGUCAUUAGCUAGCACUUACCAUACUUGUACCCCAUUAGUACUUCCAGUAAAUAUAACUAUUGAUAAAAGGCUGUUUAGGUUGAGAAGGAUUUAUAGUCUCUAAAAAGUCUUUGUUAUGUUUGAAUGGAUACCCAAUAAACCACAAUGUUGUGGUUGUGAGGGAGUGAUGAUGGGCCACUCAUACUAGUAUACAGUAUGGUCUAUAUCUAACUCAAAAUGUAACCUCAUUCUGCAUAAAUGACUAAAUCCAUGAUAGGGACUGGAAAAUAUAUUUUAAAAUAUCAAAAAGGAAGAGCACUUGUAUUCAUUGAGAUGACAUUUAUUUUUGUCUAUAUUCAGAAAAUUGUGAAGUAUUAUGUUUGUUUUCCCAUCCUUUUGUUUUUAAAUUCAGAUUAUAAUGGGGCAUGUAUACUUUGUUGAUUUUUGCAGCCUGUUUAAGGUUUCCAUGUUAGUAGACACAUAAUACUGUCUGCUAACUUUAAGGCAGAGGUAGUAUAAAUAAUGGAGUGUAUAUUUGGAUUCAUUUUUUUUUUUUAUCCAUAUACUGAACAUCUUUGCUGUUACAGUUAACAAUAAGAACGUUUGGGUGCUAAAGCAUUAAAACAGAUAAUAAGCUUGUUAAUUGAUGAAAUACUUAAAGGGGCUGUAGUUGAUAUUCUGAAAAAAGUGGUUUGGGAUUGCCUCCACACGGCUCUUACAGACUGAUCCCCAACUUUUCAACACACAAGGCACUCACACGCACUAACAUGCAACAAGAACAGAGAGGCUCUGAUUACAACACACACACAGGGACUUUAAAUACAGUAUAUUUACAUAGCAAAUUGUUUUCUGCUAUAUUAAUCUUCUGAAUAUCAAAUACAGCCCCUUUAAAAACAUCAUUAUGCUGUAUAAGAGCUGGACAUUUUCUCAAGUGUUUUAGUUUCUCAGGGAGUAGAAAAGAAAGUGUUAACAAGCAAACAUAAUAUAUGUUUAUAAAAAUAUUUUUCUGCCACGGACAAAUGUUCAUAGUAUAUAUGUUUAUGAGAAAUAAUCAAGGUGGCUGGAAUGUGAAAGCCUUUGAGAUCAAAACCUAAUCCAUUAAUGCUUUCUGAUUAGGAGAAUAAAGUUAUGUGAGCUUUACUCCUUCUGAUCCUAUGAUAAUUAUUUUAUUUUAUUUUAAUUUACUUUAACUGUUUAUGUACCUGUAAAACUUCCAUGGAGUUUUGUGCAAUAAUGAAACACUGUAUACUUGAUAUGAUGUAAAAGAGAUUUAAGGUUAAACAGGAAAAAACUUGACCUUUGACAUUUUCAGGGAUGUGAAUCGACACCAGAUCACCAAACUAAACAAUGUUUUUUAAGGGAACUUUAAAAUGGUAUAAUUGCUUCACAAUAACCAAAUAACAUUAUGUGUUGUUAGGACUCUCCUUGACUAAUAUGCUAAUUUCUUUUCAUUUUUUGUGGUUUACUGUAUCUUGGAUGUGUGUUUUUAAUCAAAUAUCCAAUAUGUGUCUAAUGCAUUAGUGUAACAGGAAUAUAAAGCCAUUAUCUAAUGAA